AUGCUGGAAAGGUGUAAAAAAGAUCAAUUUCUCAAUAAGGUCAAGAUUGCAUCUACCAUCUUUGAAUGUGAAUACACUGACAAUAUAGUCAGUAAUUACCAGAGAGGAGAGGAAGAUGUGUUCAAUGAAAGUAUUGAAACCUAUCUUAAUGAUCUAUUGGGUAGUGAAAUUAAGAAAAAGUACUUUGAUAAGAAAACUCACUCCGAUGUCGAAAUUGUCUUUUCCACGACUGAUUCUUCCAAGAAUUUUCAGGGACACAAACUAUUCCUCUCUGCUAAUUGUGAUGUAUUCAGAACAAUGUUUGAGGGCAAUUUCGUAGAGCACUCAUCAAGGCAAGUAGAUUUGAGUGGUGAAAUUGGUGAGAAUGAGAAUAGAAUAAGUGAAUUCCAUGCCCUAUUCGAAUAUCUGUACUCUGCUCACUCUACCAUCAAUGAAAGAAAUGCUGUUGGAUUGUUGAGCUUGGCCAACGAAUAUGGCAUGUCUGGAUUGACCUCAAUGUGUGAAAUUUUCAUCUCGAAAAAUAUUGACAAAUCAGUAGCUCAAGGAAUUGAAAAAGCUGACAUUGACAUUAUAGGUCUACUGUUACUAGCUCAAACUUAUGAAGCCAAUCAAUUGGCCAACUUUUGUCUCCAUUUCAUAUCUACAAAUUAUGGUCCAAUGAAAGCAAGAAGGGAAUGGGAACUUUUAACAGGUGAAAAUCUGAAACAUGUUACUGAAAACAAAUGGCCACCAGAUUCAUACUUUAAACAAGUUGAGGAAUAUGAAAAAAAGAUGGAAAAAUAUAGAAAGAGAUUGAAGAAGAAGCAAUCAAAGAGUGGAGCAUCCAUCAUUAACUUGAUAAAACAUAAUAAUUUGGUAUUCAAAUCAUUUUGGUUCAGGGCCAAACCCAAACCCAAACCCAAACCCAAACCCAAACCCAAACCCAAACCCAAACCCAAACCCAAACCCAAACCCAAACCCAAACCCAAACCCAAACCCAAACCCAAACCCAAACCCAAACCCAAACCCAAACCCAAACCCAAACCCAAACCCAAACCCAAACCCAAACCCAAACCCAAACCCAAACCCAAACCCAAACCCAAACCCAAACCCAAACCCAAACCCAAACCCAAACCCAAACCCAAACCCAAACCCAAACCCAAACCCAAACCCAAACCCAAACCCAAACCCAAACCCAAACCCAAACCCAAACCCAAACCCAAACCCAAACCCAAACCCAAACCCAAACCCAAACCCAAACCCAAACCCAAACCCAAUUCUAAAAAUAGAAUUAUUCUAAACCCAACCUUCAAACCCUAG